GUAGUAUAUAAUCUGUGAUGUCAAUGUUUUGUUUUGGCGUUUGGGUACCGGCGUUUGCGAAUUGCGAUAAAUUCAAAAUUUGUUUACUUUUAUAGCUUUUCUUUGUAAUUGUGUUCUAUUUGAUGAAUAAAAAGUAAAUGCCUGGACGACGAGUCAGUGAGCGGCAGCUCGAAUUAUUAGUCAAAUUUGCUGAGACGCACCCCAACUUUGUAAUGGGUCGAAAUGGAGGGCCUCUUGCGUGCGUGGCUGCAAAACAAGCCUGGGAAGCUGUGGCCCAUAAACUGAAUGCGAUUUGUGGUGGAGGAAUACGUAAGACUGCACCGGAAUGGCGCCGAUAUUGGAUUGAGUACAAAGCAAAAACAAAGAGUAAGGCUGCUGACAUCAGACGUCGAGGCAACAACAUAGGAGAUAGAUCAAGCAGGCUUGUACCUCUAACAGGGCUGGAGUUCAGGGUUAUGUCCUUCAUAGACCGAGUUGCUGCUGAGAAUUUGCGAGGAAUUCAGGCUCCUCCUCCUCAGCCUCCUGUGGUUGUGGAGGUACUACAAGAAAGUGACAUCCAAGAAAGUGAUGUGGAGGUGAUCCAAUCUGAGACUACUCCAAGUGCGAAUAUGCCCAAAUCUGAGGCACUUCCAUGUGAGGAUAUGCCCCGUUCUGAGACACCUACAAGUGAGGAUGUGCCCCAAUCUGAGACACCUAUUGAAGAGGUAAUGUUACCAUUUGAGGGAGAGGAAGUUGUGGAAGAACUACUGAUAAAUAGAACGCCGCAGCAAUCUAUGUCUGCAAGAGCAAGAAAUUUAAGGCGGCAGAGAUAUCGACAAGAAUCCACCACACACAGACAAGGACAGGGCCGGAGGCAGACCGGAUCGGCACCGGGCCGUCCCGCCCCGAGCGCUGAGACAUCGACCCUCAGAGCAUUACUUGCGACCAAUACCCGCGUCGCUACUGCCUUGGAGGAGUUGGUGCAAAUCUUUAGGGACAUCAAAAAUCUUCUUUAGGAUAUGGGAAUUGAACUCAGGAUCUCAAACAUAUAAGUUAUGUGGAAUGAUAUUGCACAUAACUUGAAGGAAUGAACCUAGGGCGUAAAAGUUAAACAGAGAUUUAACUAGCCGUUGGCUCCUCGCGCAAACUAAAAAUAUUUUGGUUUUUAGUUAGAUAUUUGUAGUCAAAAAGUGUUGUCAUUAAUUAUCUUUAAUUAGUUGUUAAACAGAGUACAAAUUAUAUAUGUUAUCACUAACUAAAAUUCAUUGAAUUAUCAGUUCCUAUUAAACAUUAUGUUAAUUGAAUUACUCUUAAUUUAAAACUAAAAGUCAAUUAUUAUAUUUAAAUUGUUAUGAUAAUGCUGUAUGUUGGAUGUUGCAGGUAAAUCCUUAUUUAAAUCAAU